GUGAGGCAUUGUCCUUUAAGCAUCCAGGACAUUGUCUCCAGCUCUGGAGCAACAGGAGCGACAAGCCGGUUACUGUCCUGUGAGGCCAGCAUCCAAGCCUGAGGAGAAACCAAGGGCAACUGAACAUGAGAUGCUGCAGGCUGGAGAAACAAGGAGGAUUAUAAGCAGAUAUUUAGGAUAUGUCUGCAUGCAGCAAAAUGAAGAUGCCUACGCUCAAGUAUGUAGUCUUUGUCUUUGCAGAGAAAGCUUGCAUAUGGCACGUGGCCCUAGCGUGAGCUAGUUAUUUAAGUGUGGAUUCAGGGUGGGUUCAGGACCUGCAUCCCAUAGUGCUGUGCGUGGGGGGGCUGUUGACUCCUGCUGCGAGAUGGUUACUAUUGUUAUCUGUCCUUGCUAAAUUGAAGUCAGCAGAGGGCUGACACAUUCACAGUGGUGUUCAGACCUGAUUCAAGGAAAAUCGUAGCUGCUGCAGUUUUAUCCCCUAAACUGAGCCUGGGUGACUCAUCCGUUAUUAGACAGUACCCACCUAGGAGAGGUGGGUUUGAGCUGCAUGCCUCUUCAUUCACUUCAUCUAACCAACUGUGUCAAAAUUAUCAGUGCGUGUCUGAUCCCCAUUGACAUCUUAAAAAACACUCUCUACUAUGAAAGCAACUUGCUGCCAUCUAUGCUAUACAAUUUUACUAUGAAAGUAGCUGUGCAGGCAGCAGUUGCUUUGUCAAAGCAAUUUAAGGGGGGCGGAGUGCAGGGGCAGCCGUGCAACACCCCGCGUGUGCAAGGACCUGGAGCCCGAAAGCGGCUCCGCACCUGCAAACCGGGCUCGCUUUUAACGCUGCAGAGCUCUUUCUCUCCCCCCCGCCCGAGGCUGUGGACAAGGGUGAGGUUUCGGCUGGCUGCGGGGCAGAGCCAGCUCCGCGCAGCGCUCGCCGUGCGCGCAGGGUCCCGCGGAGCGCGCAGCCCGGCGCGGCCUUUCCCUGCGCUGCGGCGGGAGGGAGGGAGGGAGAGGAGGAGGAGGCCCGCCCGCGCCCUGCAGCCCUCCUCCGGGGCCCCGCGCUUCGCCGCAGCAAGAACGGGGCCGGGAAGCAGUCGGGGUGGGUGCGGACCCUGGAGCCCCGGGCUGUUCUCCCGCUGCUUCGGGAGAGGACGGGGCUGUCGGGGUGUUCCAGCUCCUCAACCUCGCAGAAAAGGCUUCCAAGAGGACGCAAGGAUGAAGCGGUUCAUGGCCAUGUUAAACAGGAAUAAAAACAAGGAUCCCCCACCUGCCAAGCUGCUGGAUCUAGCAGGACAGCUUUGCCAGGACCUCCAAAGCUCGUCUCCUAGUCUGGAGAAGCUGGUUGGGGCCAUGAUGGGAUGCAAACACAAGAUGUAUUUUCUCACUAACAUCCAUGUUGUCCGAGCUUGCGUGUUUGUUCACAUCCGUAAUGGGCAGCACGACGCAGCCUGCAGACUGCUGGAGUAUUGCAAGGCAGAAGAGAAGGAAGAGCUGGUGCAACUUUGGCAUGAGAUUCAUUACCAGAGGGUUAUGGAGAAACAUCACACGGAUUAUCUGACACCACUGCAGAAAUUCCGUUGCAGGAAGAGGAAUCCUCCACCUGUUUCCCUUUGUCCUGAAGGUUUGAAGAAUCGAAACUAUUCAGAUGAAGUACGCCAGAAGCUGCACAGGUUUGCUGCAGAGGUGACAACAAAUCCAAACAAGAAACAGAGGGAAGGAUUGGCUCGGGACGUGAACCUGCAGCCAACUCAGGUCUAUAACUGGUUUGCAAAUUAUCGACGGCGUCAAAAAUCCUGCCUGCCUCGUACGGAAAAGCUCAACAACUCAUGUCCUGAGAGGGCUUUGACUUACCAUGCAAAGGAGCAGCAGGAUAAAGGAUCCUACACCCCACAAACUUCAGAUGGAUCUUAUGUAGGCAUCGGCUCUGAGCAAAUGGAGAUAACCCUCAUGCCCUGUGACCCAGGGUGGGAGCAGUCAGCUGCAGAUCUGGAUAAGCCUCCUGAAGGAACUUAUUUAAAGAUGCUGGAAUCCAGCUUUAUGCAGAGCAGUGAGCUGUAUGAAGCAAGGACAAGCAAAGCUUUGCUGACCACUCACAACACUGAACAACCUAUAGCUUUUUGCACUGAGACUGUGCUGGAACCAGGAACCUGCUUUAACUCUGCUGUCCUGCAGCUCAGAGAAGUAGCAAGCAGUACUGAUGCCAGCCCCCAGCUGGAUAACUUUGUCCUGUGCUCUUGUGGGUCCCUUACCUUCUCAGAUGAACGGCUGGCCAUGUGGCAGGGCCCUUCCAGCACCAGAGGAGUCUCUGGCUCUGCGUGGACCCCAGGUAUAGAAGUUCCUGUCAGACUGUGUUUGGCAAGCCUCAGUGCCCACCUGUUUCUGCACCCUGCAUGGAAGAAAGCCAAGCCUUGGGACAAAGCCAGGUCCUGGAGGAUCCAGUUGGUGACCCGUUAACCGACACGUUCUGGGCAGCGUGGCUGCUCUUUGAAUUCUCAGCCAGCGGACGAAUGUGACCUGCCUGCAGAGAUGCUCAGUGUGGUCUGCGCUUCCCUAGGAAACACCCCAUCCUUUCCUGUUUUUUUGUCGUCUUUUUAAAUGAGUGAGGGGGUUGACAUGGAGAUGAGUAGAGACUGAGGUAGAAGGAUGAAGGCUUUUUCUAAUAGUUACAAAGUUUGCUUUAGUUACAGUUUCGUUAAGAAUUUUGCAAAGGAUAGAAGAAAGCCAAAGGUGAUUGUGGACUGUAGGUUUUUACUGGGGCAGUCUGAAGCGGCACUGUAGAUGCUAAAAUUACCAAGUCACUGGUUCUGUGGCAGUUAUAUAUUUCUACCUAUAGCACUGGUCACAUCUGAGUGCUUCAUUACAUCAUAAAGGUAGAUGAAGCUCCUGUACUCAAAAAGAGUAGAACGUAGUUACAUUGCCUAGCAGUGGAUAUUAGGUAACUUUUUCCUAUGCCUGGAAAAUAAGGUUUCAGCUAAGUGCUGGUAAAAUACUGCUUUUUUUCAUCCCUGCAUUUCUGUUGUACUGCUAGGUGUAACUUCUGGAGUGUUCCAUACUCUAUAGUGCCACAGAUGACAUAAACUGGAGCACGGCAGAAUUUUCAGUGCUUAAGUCAAUGUUUUUGCAGGACUGGGGGAGGGCAUACCGGUGUUGUCAGCAUUUAAUGCUACCUGCAACUCAGAUUGGCCAGGAAAGAAGGAUAAAUGGAGAAGGUGGGAGCCGCUGAACCUUCUUGAUCCAUUUUCAGUCCCCAGAUCUGGGUGGACUGAAACUGCCGAGGCGAUUGUGUCACCCUUCGGGUGGUCUGCGGCAGUCUGACACUAGGCAGCAGCAGGCGAGCACAUCCUAUUCAGACGAGUGCCCUGCAAAGCAGCGUGAGUUGUGCAGACUCCGUUUCAUACACACCGUAGUAAGUGUGGGGCUAGCACUGUAUUUGGCUGAAGGCUGCUUACGCCGUGGGGGUAAGCUGUUUCACUGCAGCUCUCCUGGGGAGCCCGUGCAACUCAGUUCCUUUUGCCCAGUACUUUUACUUACUUAACCCAUUCUCAGGGCUGCCUGUUAUGCUCCUCCAUCUCAUGCUGCUCACGGGUGAGGAGCCCUGUUCUCUUGGAGACUAAAAAGCAGAAUUGGGUAUGAGCAUUAGGGCAUGAGUAGCAAAGUAGACCCUUGAUGCAGGUUUAAAACUAAUGCUGCAAGUCAUUGGGCAGUCUUUUGGGUAUUUUCCCUAAGUAUUACUGCUGUUUUUUAAAAUCUGUAUUGCAAAAAGGGUAAUCAUUGCCAAAACUCCAGCCUUGAGAUACCUGAAGUAGAUGCCUCCAGUGCCUUUUGUAAUAAAGUUAGCAAAUAAAGGUUAU